AUUUAGUGUCCGUUUCACAUGUAUUACAGGUCAAGUCUGAGGGUCCAGAGAUGGCAUCAGUGAAGCUGGAAGACUGCAGUCAAACACUGGAGCUGAAUGUCAACAUUAAAGAUGAAGAAGAAGAGGAGACGAUUGGGAAAUCUGUUUAUGAUGGUCGACUCAGGUCAAGUCUGAGGCCUGUAACAUCACCAGUGAGGACAAUCCCAGCCUGCCUCUCUCCUUCCAAACUGAGUCCAAAUCUACAGUCACUGGGUCCUGAUUGUGACAGUGGAGCCCAGUUUGCACUGCAGGAUCCAGAGAUGGCAUCAGUGAAGCUGGAAGACUGCAGUCAAACACUGGAGCUGAAUGUCAACAUUAAAGAUGAAGAAGAGGAGGAGAAGAUUGGGGAAUCUGUUUAUGAUGGAGACCAUGUUGAGACAUUCUCUACAUCCAGAGAUCAACAGCAGGAAGAUCACAGGGCUAAGAAGUCUCACCACUGCCCACAUUGUGAGGAGAUUUUCCCAUUUCUAUCAAAGCUUAAAAUACACAUAAAAAUACACACAGGAGAGAAUCCGUAUUCCUGCACUAACUGUGGAAAGAGAUUCACAACAUCACAAUCUCUGACAGUUCAUCAGAGAGUGCACACUGGAGAGAAGCCUUACUCUUGCUCUGUGUGUGGGAAGAGGUUCUCUCAACAGAUCCACUUACAAACACACCAACAUGUACAUACAGGAGUGAAGCCACACUCCUGCUCUGAGUGUGGGAAGAGGUUCUCUCAACAGUUCCACUUACAAAUACACCAACAUGUACAUACAGGAGUGAAGCCAUACUCCUGCUCUGACUGUGGGAAGACUUUCUCCCGAUUGGAUACCUUAAAAAUACAUGAACGUCCAUACAUAAUCCAGGACUGUGGGAAGAGAAUACCUUAA